CACUCAAUCAACGGUGCAACACCCUUAAGGAACAGGGAACUAAUGUGCACCUCCAGGUAGAGAAUCAGUCUAAAUCAAUUGCAUUACUCUUUCCAUUUUUAAUGCCUUUUUUGAAAAUCCGAUCCUCUGUUUCGCACUCUGUCAUCCCACACCGUAGCGUAUAGUCCUUCCUCCCCAUUCUCCAUCAAAUUCCCUCACUCCAGCAAAGCAGAUCGACUUUCUCUCUCUCACUCUCCUUGAUUGGGCCGGGCUCCGUACGAAGAUGCUGAAAUUCUUGAAAGGAGUGGUCGCCGGAUCGGGUGCGGGCCUGAAGGAUCUGCCGUAUAAUAUCGGGGAGCCGUACUCUUCAGCGUGGGGCUCCUGGGUACACCAUCGUGGAACUUCCAAGGAUGAUGGGGCUCCUGUCUCAAUAUUUUCUCUUUCAGGGAGCAAUGCAAACGAUGGGCAUUUAGUUGCUGGCCGUAAUGGUGUCAAACGCCUUCGAACGGUCAGACAUCCAAAUAUAUUGUCAUUUCUGCACAGUACUGAGGCAGAAACUUUGGAUGGUAAUAGUACAAAGGUUACCAUCUACAUCGUGACUGAGCCUGUUAUGCCACUUGCUGAAAAGAUCAAGGAAUUGGGUUUAGAAGGCAGCCAAAGGGAUGAAUACUAUGCAUGGGGACUGCACCGGAUAGCUAAAGCUGUGAGCUUCUUGAAUAAUGAUUGUAAAUUGGUUCAUGGUAAUGUUUGCAUGGCUAGUGUUGUUGUCACGCAAACUUUGGACUGGAAACUUCAUGCAUUUGAUGUUUUGUCCGAGUUUGAUGGGAAUAAUGAAGCUUCGACAGGACCAAUGCUUCAAUAUGAAUGGCUUAUUGGUUCACAAUACAAACCAAUGGAGUUGUCAAAAUCUGACUGGUCAGCUAUCAGAAAAUCUCCACCUUGGGCUAUAGAUUCUUGGGGACUGGGCUGCUUAAUUUAUGAACUCUUCUCUGGCUUGAAGUUGAGCAGAACAGAGGAGUUGCGGAAUACUGCUAGCAUACCGAAGUCUCUACUUCAAGAUUAUCAGCGUCUCUUGAGUUCUAUGCCUUCUCGCAGGUUGAAUUCAUCAAAGAUUCUGGAGAAUAGCGAAUAUUUUCAGAAUAAGUUGGUAGAGACCAUACAGUUUAUGGAAAUUCUUAAUUUGAAGGACAGUGUGGAAAAGGAUAAUUUUUUCCGCAAGCUUCCAAAUAUUGCUGACCAGCUUCCUCUCCAGAUAGUGCAGAAGAAGUUGCUCCCAUUACUGGCAUCCGCUUUAGAAUUUGGUUCAGCUACUGCACCUGCUUUAACUGCAUUGCUGAAAAUGGGAUCUUGUCUUUCAGCAGAAGAAUAUGGUCUUAAGGUAUUACCAACAAUUGUCAAACUUUUUGCAUCAAAUGACCGUGCUAUUCGUGUUGGUCUUCUUCAGCAUAUUGAACAGUAUGGCGAGUCAUUAUCGGCACAAAUUGUUGAUGAACAAGUUUAUCCUCAUGUCGCUAACGGGUUUUCCGAUACAUCUGCUUUUCUACGAGAACUGACGCUGAAAUCUAUGCUUGUCCUGGCUCCUAAGCUCUCUCAGCGCACGAUAGCUGGAUCACUGUUAAAGUUUCUUUCAAAGUUACAGGUUGAUGAAGAGCCAGCCAUUCGCACAAACACCACCAUAUUGCUUGGAAAUAUUGCCAGUCACCUUAAUGAUGGGACAAGGAAAAGAGUUCUGAUAAAUGCAUUCACAGUUCGAGCAUUGCGGGAUACAUUCUCUCCUGCCCGAGGGGCUGGUAUUAUGGCUUUGUCUGCUACUAGUUCUUAUUAUGACGCCACUGAGAUUGCAACUAGAAUUUUGCCAAAUGUUGUUGUUCUGACGAUAGAUCCUGACAGUGACGUUCGAUCAAAAGCAUUCGAAGCUGUUGAACAGUUUUUGCAUUUAGUGAAACAAUACCAUGAGAAGACAACGUCAGGAGAUGCCACAUCAGCAGGCAUAGGAAUUUCAUCUAUACCUGGAAAUGCAAGUUUACUUGGAUGGGCAAUGAGCUCUUUGACACUGAAAGGCAAACCUUCUGAACAGAGUUCAAUAACUUCAUCAAGCACCACCGCACCUCUUGCAUCUGCAAUCUCCAACACCAGCUCUGUGACGAACGAUGCAAGUAUAACGCCAGUCCGCGUAACUUCUAGGACAGAUUUAACUGAUUUAGGCGAUGAACUUCCACCUCCUUCCCCUACUUCAACUGACGGAUGGGGAGAACUCGAAAACGGCAUUAACGGAGACCUCGAAAGUGACACCAAAGAUGGCUGGGAUGACAUCGAACCACUCGAGGACCCAAAACAAUCCGCAGCUCUUGCAAAUAUCCAAGCAGCUCAAAAACGACCCGUCUCUCUCCCAAAACCACAAGUUUCGAAUUCAAGACCAAAGAGCACAGAUGGUGACUUGUGGGGUAGUAGUGUAGCAGAUCCUGCCCCUAAAUCCACGUCGAGAAAUUCGAACUCGAAAACGAGUAGAGUAGUCGAAGAGGAAGAUGAUCCAUGGGGAGCAAUAGCUGCACCAGUUCCAAAAUCUUCAUCGAAGGCGAUGAAUCUAAAAGGUAGUGGUUCGGCAGAUGACGACCUGUGGGCUUCGAUUGCAGCUCCUGCACCUACAGCUGGGCACAAGCCCUCAUCAGUUGGGCGAGGCAGAGGGAAAGCUGCUGCUCCAAGAUUGGGUGCUCAACGGAUAAAUCGAACUUCUUCCGGGGUGUAAGCUGAAUUUAGACGAGUUUCUGUAAAAAAAAAAAGAAGAAAAUUGUUUAAAAUAUAUCAUCUUCAGACGAUUUUAUGUUGUAAUGUUUACAAAAAAAAAACAUUUAAUGAUAUGUAAUAGACCUACUUCUGAAGCAAAUCGAUUCUUUGUACUUGGUAUUCUUUGGUACUCUGGAUUUCAUUUUUGUCACAAGAGUAAGGUUAUUUAACUUUGAAUUUAGGGUUUUCUCGACCCUCUUAUCUGGUU